AUGACAACCCCACAGACAGGGUGGCCUAGCGUUCCACUCCCCUUACCCUACCAGGUGACUGUUCCCGGGCAUUCCUACUUUACGGAUGACUAUGCGGGCUUGUUGGUGACUUCUCAGGCUAUACCAUGUUUUUACAACAACGUGAAUGAGAAGCCAACUCGAAAAGAGAACAGGAGAUUCUUUCUGGACAGGUCCGUGUUUGAUUUGGUGGAAGGUCAUCGCUACCUGGCGCUAACUGACCAAAAGCUGCUAGGCUGGUAUCUCGCUUUGUCUCCAGACGACAGAAAGAUCAUACAAGAUUAUGGAGGUUUAUACCUGUUUCUGCAAAGACAUCCUGCCCUGGAGCUGUCGAGGCAUCAUGUUUAUGUGAAGUAUCUUGAGUUAGAGGAGAUGCUUUCCAACACAUUGAGUGAGGAUUCAUCACUGCCUCGCUGCAACAACAGCAGGGCUGGAUCACAGAAACAGUCACAUGAGGAGAUGCGCCUCACCAAACAGAUAGCCCAUCUGCAAGACGGCUUCCAAACAGCCUACAACAGCCCCAUCACAGAGAGCCAUCAGAAGGCACAUCAACUGUCCAGCAGUAACAGCAGUGGUGCUGUGUGCAAGGAUCCAGAAGCCAUGGUCAGCUUCUCUCUGGACAUGGAGCUGGAGAGAUGCAGACAGAAGAGAAAGCCUGAGCUCAGCGGCCAGAUUUCAAUGGCACAAGACCAGAGUCCUAACUUCACAUGUGCUGAAAUCAGUCAGUUACAGUCUGAAUGGUCAACAAUUAAGAGAGAGUCUUCUUCUGAGUACUACACCGUGGAUAGUAUCCAAAUGGAUGAGUACUGUGACAGGUGCUUGACCCAGUCAGGGGAACCUGAAAAGAACAACUCUCUUCUGGCCUUCAAGGGAAUCUCCACCUCGAGGGAGACUUUUGCAGUAGAUGGAACAUACUCAAACGCAGCCUGUCAGAAUUACACGGCCUAUGGUAGUGAGUACUCUGCAGGUGAUGAUCAAGCUAGCUCAAGCCUUGAAGAUCAUAGCGACAAAUUCCAUAGCCUCAUGGAGGAAGAUAAAAGCAUCCUUAUCUGCGUGCCCGCGGAAGCGCAGAAAGCACCUGCCAGUGUGGUUCAUUCAGGUCUAGUCACCACUAUCAGUGAAGAACCUGCAGGCAGCAGUGAGACCCUGAAGGCUGAUGAGUGUCCUAUGAAGAUAAGCACUGCAGAGAAGUACACCUCCCCUAUGCCCCGUGCUCCUACCUGUGACGCCAUGGUUGGCACUGAUCUGACUGAGGGCGUGCUUGCUUUUACCCAAACUGAGGAUCCAGCAACAGCUGACAAGGACAUCAUUACCGAAGUUCACAUGGCUGAUCUGGACUAUCUCGCUGAGGAAUUUACCAAACUCAAGAUGGCUCAAGAGAAACCAAGAGAGCAAAAAAAGAUAAUUAACAGUCAGGGUAACAGAUUGAGAAAGGAAUGUGACUGUAUGCAGCGUGCUCAACGAGCAGAGCUGUGUCUCCUGGCCCUGCAGUACAACAUGUGCAGGCAGCACUGCUGGAGACUCUACUGCACCUCUGCUGAAGAAGGGCAGCUUUCAACAAUGCUGAAGGAGCCUCCUGCAAACAUUGUGACUGUUCUACAGAAAGUGGAAUCAGACUAUAAGCAGAUGAGGGACAAGAUCCUGGCAGGGGUUCCUCUGGAGCAGCUGAAGCCUCUGUCUGUUGACUGUGAGAAGAUCAUCGCAGGAGCAAGUUACAUCCCUACACAGAUGAGUGAUGUGCUGGGAAAUACACCAUCUUGGAGCUCUCAGCAGUCGCAGAAAAAUAGUGAAGCGCCAGGUGAAGGAACUAAAUACUCUGAGGGUCAAGACAGCAAUGGCUGCCAGGGUGGUCAGAAAAAGCAAAUCCCAGCUAACCAGCUCACAGAGGACAGCUGCAAAUCCAGGAGAGCCGUCACUCUUGUCCCCCAAGAAAGGGGCUCUAUAUGUAAAGCAUACAAGCCAGAAGAAAAGCAGACGACAGGUGCGUGCGAAGAGCUGAACAUGAGCGAGGCGUGGUUCGAUGCUGAGGAAGAUCUGGAGCCUGCAGCGGCUGCUCAGAUGGGAGAGGAGUCAAAAGAUAAGAGAGCGGAAUCAACCAGUGAGGAGACAAAGAACUCAAUACUAUGUGUCAACCUACCCAGAAAUGUGACUGAGAGUGAAGUGAAGCAGUGGUUUGAGAAAUACCAGGCCUCUGAAGUCAGCAUCUCUACUCUAAAGAAUGAUUUGCGAGUUGCCAUAGUGAUGGUGGCCAAUGCAGAGGGUGCAGUGACAGAUCUGAAUGGCUGCAUCAUGGAAGGUCAUACUUUACAUGUGGGGCACAUCAACAGAGCCACAGGAAGGAGCCAGAGCCAGGCCUCAACCUCCAGCUGUGGGCCUGAGUCCUCACAAGACACCACCAAACCACCAACCUCCAAGACUGACUCCAGCAGCACUCACAGACAGCUGAUAAUUCAGCCUCCCCUUAGCUCUAGUCUAAAGAACAGGAAGGUGGUCUGCAUCUCCCCCACAGCAAAGGGAACCUGUGUUCCCCAACACUAUGGCACCAUGGGCAGCUUCGAUACUCUGAUGGCACAGCUGACUCAGCUCCACCCUGACAUCGGGAGGCAGAGGAUUGUGGACGCUCUGAUCGAGCUGAGGACCAAGCACGAGGGCGUCCUCAGCGGCCUUCCCCUCAGGACCAUCAGGGAGAUGACAUCUGAACUUCUGACCAGGCCAGCCAGUUCCACACAGUUAUAG